UUUUCCAUCUUUUAAGCAAUGUCCAUCAUCAUCCUUCAUGUUAUCAUUUUAUAUUUGGCUAUUACAUUGUCCAUUUUCCUUUACAAGAAAAUAAUAAGUACCCCAAUGUUACCUCCUAAAGCAUGUUUACCACCGGGUCCUAAACCAUGGCCAAUUAUUGGCAGUCUUUUCAUUAUGACGAGAAAUAGACCUUUUUUUCGAUGGGUGCAUGACACCAUGUCGAAAAUGGGCUAUGAAAUCUUUUGCAUCCGUUUAGGGAGUGUGCAUGUGAUAGUGGUUACAUCUCCAGAGAUUGCAUGUCAGUUUUUGAAAAAACAAGAUGAAAAUUUUGCUUCACGUCCUUCGUUCCUAUCAUCAGAGCUAGUGAGUGACGGUUUUUUCACGACCGCCCUUACGACAUUUGGUGACCAGUGGAAAAAGAUGCGACGUGUAUUGGUUACUAACAUUCUCUCCCCGACAACCCUCCAUUGGAUGGAAAAUAAAAGAAUUGAGGAGGCUGACCACCUUGUUCGUUAUGUCUAUCAUGUUAUCAAGACCAAUGGCGGGGAAGUAAACGUUAGAGUUGCAUCACAACACUUUUGUGGAAAUGUGAUGCGAAAUAUGGUUUUUAGUAAGAGUUCUUUUAGGAAAUUUGCUAAAAAUGGGGGACCAGAACCUGAAGAAGAGGAAUAUGUGGCUGGGAUUUUCACUAUACUAAGUUGUUUAAACAAUUUCUGCAUUUCUGACUAUUUUCCAUUUCUUCGUUGUAGAAUGGAUCUCGACGGCAAUGAGAAAAGAACACGACAAGCUAUUGAGAAUGUGAGGAAAUAUCAAGACCCGUUAAUAGAUAUGAGAAUAGAACAAUGGGAAAAUGGAACAAGAAAAGAGAAACAUGAUCUUCUUGAUGUUUUAAUUACUCUAAAGAAUGAUGAUGGAAAGGUUCUAUUGACAUCAAAGGAGAUUAAAGCACAAAUUUUGGAAAUAAUGUUAGCAACGAUUGACAACCCAUCGAAUGCUAUUGAAUGGGCUCUUGGCGAGAUGAUAAACCAACCAGAGACACUGGUAAAAGCCGUUCAAGAACUCGACCAAGUAGUCGGAACUGAUAGGCUUGUCCAAGAAACUGACCUUCAUAACCUCAAUUACAUUAAAGCUUGCGUCAAAGAAGCUUUUCGUCUCCAUCCAGUUUCCCCAUUCAAUAUCCCACAUGUGUCAAUUUCUGACACCAUAGUGUCUAGUUACUUCAUACCUAAGGGAAGUCAUGUUCUCUUGAGUCGCCCAGGAUUAGGGCGUAACUCUAGGAUAUGGGAUGAUCCGUUUCGAUUCAAGCCUGAACGUCACCUUAAGAAUGACUGCUCAGGUGUGAUAUUGAAUGAUCCAGAUCUUCAUCUAUUGUCAUUCAGUAUAGGUCGGCGUGGUUGUCCUGCGGUCAACCUAGGAUCCACCAUUUCAAUUAUGCUUCUAGCUAGACUUCUUCAAGGUUUCUCAUGGAGUCCACCACCAAACACUACUUCUAUUGAGCUUGUGGAGGCUAUUGAUGAGAUGGUUCUCUCCAAACCUCUAUAUGUUUUUGCAAAGCCACGCUUGAAUGAGAGGUUCUAUGUUGAACUUAACAAUACAAAGGUGUAGAGCUAUGGACAACUAAAUGUAUAUAUAAUAUGCUUUCAUCUGAGCUUUGUUAAUUGUGGAAAUUUAGGUGUUUUACUAA